AUGGCUACGAGGACCGACUUAAACGCGCGACCGCGGGCGCGGGUCAAGACUACGUAUGGCAAGACGUCCAGAAGCAGGCCUUCUUUCACUCGUGCAGCUUCGCAGCCGGUCACGGCCACCGACAACCCGAGACCCUCCGCCGUGAGGGCUGCAACCACGCGCCAGCAGCAACCGACCACGACAUCAUCAACGCCCCUCGACAAUGCGUCACCUGAACCUCUCUCUGUGGACGGGCCGGCGGAUGUCAAUUUGCCUGCGCAUAGUGCGGGGAAGGAAACGGGCACCGACAAGAAGCGCAAGAUUGCUCAGAUAUAUUCUGCCCAUGAAGAGGGCCAAGACCCUCUGAGCGAGGACAGCUCUCCAUCGGCACCGCGACCGAGACAGAGAUCCCGCGUAUCCUCGCCUACCGAGAAUGUUGCCGCAAAAGGGAAGACGUAUGGAGCGGCGCGGCGCAUGCGCUCGACGUCGGCGGACAUGAUGGACGUGGAGGCGACAGAUGGAAUCCUGUCCAGUCCUCCGCCAACACCAGUAGCCCCCAAGGAAAGGCGGGCGGGCGGGAAGCAAGUUCGCGAGAAGGCGCUGCCCUUCUCCCCCAACACGUGGCAAAGCUUCGACAACCUUCAAGUUGGCGACAGCAAAAGGCCCCGUCAACACCAAAUACCUAUCCACCUGGCAAGCGAACGGCUGCCCAAAACCAAAUCCACAUCUGGCGCGCCGUCGAGCUCGCAGGCCGUACCCCGCGCACCUAGAGCACCUGCGACGUCGAUACUUGAGCCGACGCCUGCCAAGAAGCCCAGAAAGAAGCUGAUAGACGCCUUAAUGGAGCAGAUGGAGGAGUCAGACGGCACUGCUGAGGAUAGACCCGACAACCAAAUAAGCUGGGCUGACCCAGUAGUCUCAUCAAGCCAGACCAGCCAGGAUACUACACAGUCUUCCACCCCAACCCAAACCCCCAAUUCGCGACGAACCUACGGCAAUGCUUCUGUUAGAACUAUCGCGCGAUCGGGAAGUUCCCUAAAAUACACGUAUGGCCAAUCGAGAGUCACCAUGCUGGAAGAGGACAACCUGCUCGAAUCUCUUGCGCUACCAGAGGACACAGGGUUCGCGUCGCUAAAAGGACGACGGCUUGAAUUAGGUGGCCCGAAGAAACCAGUCAAAUCAAGCAUGGAUUUCGAAGACGAUGACGCCUUAGGAGCGUCUCCCAAAGGCAAGAUCCGAGAUAUUCACGAGCUUAAGCAAGCCGGAGAGAACAGCCGCGUUGCAGAUGAGAUGUUUGACCUGUCGUCACAAAUCGGCCAGCCCACCCCCAAGCCGUCAUCCUCUCGUAGGACAGCUUUGCUUCAGGUUGCUGAAAAAGUUCAACAAAAGGAUUACAGGCAGCGGCUACGCAACCAUGGCAUCGAUGCCACGGUUCUCAAGGGAAUCGGCAGUGAGACCGAUGUCAUCUCCGGAUACUUGGUCUCAACGAUCCUACUACAUUUUCUUGCGACGUCCUCUGCGCCUCACAUUAUUCAACUCCUCCGUACCGAGGAUGCCGGUUAUCUCUUCGGGCGGCUUCUUGACUCAGACGAUGACAUCAAAAGAACAGCUAGAGAUCGAAAGACCAAUUUGUCCAAGCGCAAUCAGACCGCGCUGAUCGGUCUACAGGCAUCUCUCCUGCAGCUUCCGAUCUGGGAGCUCGGGAAGCCAGAAUCGCUGUCUCCAAGAACUGUGGCUUUGAAGGGUCUCGAGCUAAUUACAAGCCAAGACGUUGUACUAGCAAGUGAUCCCGCGCUCUUCCCUGACAAUGUGACCCAUGGCCUUUUCGGUGUCCUGCCAAUGGCCAAGGAUGCUGAGUUCUGGGAUGAACCGACUGCUCCGGGAACAUUCGACCUUCGCUGUUCUCUGUCGAUCCUCGAGUACCAUGCUGUCAAGGCUAUGGAGUCCCAAGACCAUGGUGAACAGCUCGCGGCUCGAUACCUGCCUAUCCUUGCAGAAGUCUUCGCGUCUGCUCUUCAGAACUCAGCAGCCCGUGAUAGCGAGCUCGAAAGUCUUCUACUGAAGCUCGUGCUCAACAUGACUAACGCAAGCAGUACUUCUGCGGGCCCUUUCCUUGACAAGGGUAUUCUUCCAGCGUUGGCUAGUUCGAUCUGUACCAGUUUCACCCAGUCCGCAGCAGCUGUAGCUGGAGAUGGUUGGUCUGAAGGCGUCUUGAACAACCUCGUAUUGAGGAUCGGCAUUUUAGUGAACUUCGCGGAGCAAAGCACGCCGGUCAGGAAGGCUGUCCAUGAAUGUUCCGGUGAUGACGGCAGCUCUCCGAUGAAAGAGCUCAUCCGGAUCUUCUUGGAUAAUCACCGGAAUACUGCAGAGGCCGACUCGGAAGCUAAGAGUCAAUUGAAUGUGGCCUUUGGGUACCUUUCGGUGCUCCUAGGACACUUGUGCCUCUACCAGCCUAUCCGCCGCGCGUUCAAGGCAAGUCAUUCGGCCAAGAGCUUGGGCCCGCUCCUCGAUUCGAUCCAGGAGUUCAUCUCGCAUCACAGAGCCAUGGAGGCCAGCCUUUUGGAGGCUAGCCCCGAGGACCCGAGGACAUCAGGAGGCUACACAGACAGGCUGCAAGAGCUCGUCGACCAGCUGCAGAUUGAUGCCGUCUACGACUGA